GUCGACCUGAGCUUUCCCUCAACAACACCCGAUCGCUCGGACGCACUUGCCAAUCUCCUCCCCCCACCCACCAGAUCUGUUAUUUCCCGCCUGCAUGUUUCUGGCCCGGCGGCUGCCCCAAGGCCAUCCUGCCGCAGACACUGUGGAAACGGUUCCGAACCAGGCUGCGCAAAGCCGGCCGUUAAAGCAAGCCGGCGCCAUGGCGUCCGCGUCGCACAAUUACAGCCCGUAUCCUCGGUCGCCCAACCCAUCAGUACGGCCCUACGACUUGCCCGCCGUCCCCCCGAACAAGUCACCCAGAGCGACCGGCCAGUACCUAAGCGGCCUCGUCAGGCCGAGCAUCAACGCCAGCGGCAUGGCUCCUGCGCACUCUAUGGGAAUACCGCCGCCCCUGUCCUCCGUCCACCACCAACCCCCUCCUACCACGUUCCAGUCCUACACGCCCAUCACCUCCGCGUCGUCUGUCAUGGAGCGAGACUCCCUGCACUCUGGCGACUCGGUCGGCGGCACGCCCCGGCCAUCUCAUAUGAGCCUCUCAGCAUCCAAUCACAGCAGCAACGCCCAGGGGCAGAAGCGGGCAUACCGGCAACGGAGGAAAGAUCCCAGCUGCGAUGCGUGUCGGGAGAGGAAGGUCAAGUGCGACGCAACCGAGACCACAAGCUGCUCCGAAUGCUCAAGCCGGGGCGUCAAGUGCCAAUUCACCAAGGAGACCAACCGCCGCAUGUCGUCCAUCAAACAGGUGCAGGAUCUCGAGAAACAGAUGGAGCGGAUUCGGCGGGAAAAUAACAGCCUCCGCCGCAUGCUACAGGAGCGCGACGGCCGCCAGUUCGAGAUGGACGUGGACGGCGUCGAGCAGUUGCCUCUGCAGCUGCCGGAGAUAGGCCAGGCGCCCAAGCGAAAGAAGAGGCCGGCGGCUGUCCAUGACCUUGCACGGGCGAGGGCCAACCUGCGCGACUUCUCGCGAGGGAUAUGGAAGCCGCCUGCCCCAUACCGACAUGCGGCAACACCCGAGCUGCGAGAUUACCAGCAAAUGCUCCCGCCACGGCAAACUACCGAGGAGCUGUUGCGGUCCUACUACACCUCGACGCACUCCAUGACGCCCAUCAUGCACUGGAAUACCUUUACACAAACCAUCGACGGCAUCUAUCGCCCGGGGAAUUCUUUGCGUGUCUCAGAGGCCUUCAUGUCCGUGGUCUUCGCCGUCUUGACUGUCGGCAGGCUGUUCACAGCAGAUAACGAGCACAACCGCGCAUACCCGGCCACCACGCUGUUGGAGGCGACGCGGUCGCUGGUGGAUCCUUGGAACAACGAUUACGAGCUGGACAACGCCCGUGCCCUGGUGUUGGUGACGAUUGCGCUGAACGAGCUCAAUUUGAAGUCGGCGGCCUGGAGCUGGCUCGGAGGUGCCGUCAGAGUGGCGCAGGACCUGGGUCUCUACACCGAGCCGAGGACUGGGUCUUUGAUUGAAGACGAGAUGCGUAGGAGAACGUGGUGGACCAUCUACAUUCUCGACCGGAGUCUAGCAGUCGAGCUGGGUAGGCCGAUGCUCAUCGAUGAUGCCGACUGCGACGUGUUGUUACCAGCAGCCAUCGAUGACUAUCACAUGACAGAACGUGGCCACAGACUUCCGGACGGUGCCGAGGGGCUCACCCAUUCCCUGGUCGCCGUCGUUCACGUAGUACGCUCCUACACGGCGCUGGGGAGAGCGCUCGCGUCGCCCGUCAUUGCGCCGGCUCGUCUAGCCACCUUUGACCAGCAUCUGGCCUCGUGCCGGCACACCUUCCCGCCAGCCUGCGACCCCAGAAGCACGGCAGCCCUGACGCCCACGUUUCUGAACCCGCUGACCUACCUUCUCCAUGCCCGCCUGCUCCUGCACCGACAUAACGUCGCCCCCUCAUGCCACCCAGACGUACGUCGAACCGCCAUCGAGCAGUGUAUGGUCACGGCCCUCGAGACGGCUUCUCUUCUCUCGCGAACGUCCGUAGCCUCCCUUGCUGAGGGUGCGACCGCGCUCCUCACUACGCACAUCUUCCGCUGCGCACUCUUCCUGCUGCUGUUCGGUCAUUUCGACCAAGCAUCAGAAUGCAUUCGCGCCCUGGCCGCCAUCAACGAUCGCCGCGACGUCGCCAUUCCCUGCGGCCGCUUCCUCUCCUUUUUCGUUUCAGCCCUGGCGUCUCGGCGAAGUGAAAUCAUCGCCUACCUCUCGCAGGCCGCAUCACCCGGCCAACCUCAACGGUCUCCGUAUGGACCACCGCCUCCGCUGCCCCAUCACCCUCCGUCCUCCGCCGUGCACGAGGCUCUUUUGCGUGACGAAGAGUUGCUCGCCUAUGUCAGUGCCGACCUCCAAGCGGGGAUGGAAACGGCCUGGGUCUGGGCCGGGGGCAGCGAGCGCGAAGCUACAUCAACACAGCCCGCGGCCGGGAAGCUCGGGUUGUUCAGUUCAGAGGCGAGGUCGGGCCUAACCAAUGAAGAGAGAUGGGAGUGGGGUCCAGGAACAACGACAGGGUGGGAGCGGUUGGAAGCUUCGAUGAGGAGGUUGGCAAGCGGUGAGUUGGUGGGUUCAACGCAAACAUCAACACCCACAGCAUCAACGGCGAUGGCGAAGCAGCCAGCGCAGCAUCAGGCGUGUAAUACUGCCCCGGCCCCCCCGCCGCCACCGCCACCGCCACCGGCGCUCCCGCCUUUGUUGCCGUCGCAUCAACACCACCACCAGUCGCCUGCCGGUGUGAAGAUGGAGAUGGGAGGGCAGGACGUUAGGAUGGAGACGGCAGCGACGUUGCCGCCGAUGACGAUGCCCGGAUCAAGAGCCCACCAGGGUUGUGUGUCAGGGAGUCCGACGACGCCCUCGAGUGGGAAGAGUAAGAGCCAGGAGAGAAUCAGCAUUGCGAAUAUCAUUUGAGCGAUGCAGGCCAUGGAAUCAUGUCACAGGACCACCAGCGGGGACUCUCUUCUUCCAGAGCCACGGACCCUGUACCGUACAUCUCAUCACUCCGAGACGACUCUCAAGACGAUGACGGCGACGGUGGGAUCUCCGCUGCAUGAGCAGCUUCUCGAGUCUGCCGCCGGGAGUUGCCGAUCACAUUGUUCGAGGGCACAAUGGUAUAAACGAAACUCGUCGCAAACUCUCGCCCGCUUCUUCGCUUAAGCCUACUACCUCAUCAUUCAUGGAGGCUGUGUGGCAUUUUUCUUACA